GAUAUACUUGCUUGGACCGGCAAUUACGCGCCCUGCGAGUACGCAAUUGAGAAGGUCAUCACUAUGUCCACGGUAGAUCACAAUCAGAGCGGCCCUUCCAUCUACUGUGUUCACUCAGCCGAGUCAAACUUGCUAGAAGUUGCGCUUAGUGAUAUUCUCGUUUUCACCCUUAAAUGGGGUGUAGCAAGGAACACAUUCCACCCGCCAUAUUACCGUCGCAACGUAGUGACUGAGAUCAUAGGCGUCAUAUAUCGCACUUUACAAAGCUCAGCGAUUCAGCUGUCCUCUGGCAUCAUAACUUGUACACCCAGCUAUAUGCCUCAGGGAAAGACGUAUGACAGACGGAAGCAGGCUACAAGUGAUGGCCUGCCGCCUGCGAGAACAAGAGAGAAAAUCAUGGGUUUCUGA